CCCUCCUGCAGUUCGUGGGAGCAUUGCGGGGUAGUGCUUCCUGCUCCGAGGCGGCUUGUGUUCGUCUCAUAAAUAAACUCUCGAUCUGAAGCUCUUACGGGUUUUUAUUUCAAAUUAAAAGCAGCGCGCCUGCACACAGAAGGUGUUAUCUGCAUAUUUAUUUAUAUAUAUACAGAUAUAUGUUUUAAAAUCAAGAUAAACGUUCAGGAGAAGGAAGAUGCCUCACAAUUUCCAGCCGGGGGACUUGGUCUUCGCGAAGAUGAAGGGUUACCCGUACUGGCCGGCGAGGAUUGAAGAAGUGGCCGAGGGGGCGGUGAAGCCUCCCCCAAACAAGCACCCCAUCUUCUUCUUCGGGACACACGAAACUGCGUUCCUGGCUUCGAAGGAUCUGUUCCCAUAUGAGAAGAGCAAGGAGAGGUACGGGAAGCCCAACAAGAGGAAAGGCUUCAACGAGGGAUUGUGGGAAAUCCAGAACAACCCGCACGCCAACUACAACACCCCCGCCGCAGCCAGCUCUUCUGACAGCGAGGGCGGAGCAGGAAGUGAUGCGGAAGAGGAGGGGCCAAAGAAAGCAGAGUCAGGAAGUGAUGCGGAGUCUGAGCACGGAAGUGAGCCUGGUGGAGGAGGGGGAGGGGUGAAGAGGAAGGCUCCGCCCACAAAGGUGCAGCCGGCGAAGCGCGUCCGGAACUCUUCGAGCGAUCGAGAGCCGGAGCAGGAGAGCGACUCGGGAUCCGACCCGGAGAACUCGGGAAGCUCGGACUCGGAAUCGGAGAAGAACAGCGACCAGGAUUUCACCCCGGAGAAGAAGCCUGCAGGCCGGGCUCCCAGGAGGACAGCGGGAGGAGGGGGGCGGACACAGAAGCAGGACUCGGACUCAGAUUCCAAAUCGGAUUCAGAACCGGAACCAAAACCCAAACCAGCACCUGAGCCCGAGGAGGAAGAGGAGGACGAGAAAGAGGGGAAGGCAGCAGCAUCAGCGUCCUCCGAGUCCAGAUCAGAGUCCAGAUCCGAGUCUGAGUCGGAUCGACCCGUGAAGAAAGCGCGCCGGGGCAGGAAGCCAGCUGCAGAGAGGCCGCCCCCGAAGCCGAGGGGCAGAAAGCCGAAGACAAAGCCGGUCCCGGCCCCAACGCCGUCGAGCUCGAGCAGUGACAGCGACAGUGAGCCGGACCGCAUCAGCGAUUGGAAGCGGAGGGAUGAGGAGAGGAAGAAGGAGCUGGAGGAGAAGAGGAAGAGGGAGCAGGACGAGGAGCUGCGCAGGCUGAGGGAGCGAGAGAAGGAGGAGGAGGAGCAGAGGAAGAGGGAGAAGGAGGACAAGGGGAACAAGGCCAGCGAAAGCGACUCCAGCGACACUAGUGUGGAAGAAGGGGGCCGCAGAGACAAGCCCAGCAAGAUGACCAAGAAACCGCCCCCCCCCAAACCGGCCAAAUCCGACUCGGACUCGGACUCGGAGAAGGAGGUGAAGAAACCAGCCAAGCGCCCUGAAGCAGUAAAGAAGGUCCGACCGCGGAAAGACAAGGAGCCGAAAGAGAGGAAGCGGAGGCACACGGAGGAUAAGCCCAGGGCCAGGUCGGUGAAAGCAGAGAGGCCGAGGAGGAGACCAGAGAAAGUCCCGGAAAGGAGGGUGGAGAAGAAGAAAGAGCCGUCCCCUGAGGAGAAGUUGCAGAAGCUCCACACUGACAUCAAGUUUGCCCUGAAGGUGGACAGUCCCGAUGUGAAGAAGUGUCUGCAGGCUCUGGAGGAGCUGGGCUCUGUGCAGGUGACCAGUCACAUCCUGCAGAAGAACACAGACGUGGUGGCAACCCUGAAGAAGAUUCGUCGGUACAAGGCCAGUCGGGAGGUGAUGCAGAAAGCUGCCGAGGUUUACAACAAGCUGAAGCUGCAGGUUCUGGGGGGAAAGGCCGAGCCGCUGCAGAAACCCAAACAGCAAGUGAAGAGCGAGGAGGACAUGCCACCGGACACGGACUCAACAACACCAGUGAACGGGGAGGCGGAGCCACAGAAGGCAGACAGCGAAUCGGCAGAGCCGGCAGCAGACGACCCAAAAUCACCCGGAACAGAGAACAUGGACACUGCAGAGCAGCGCCAGAACAGCCAGGAGAAGGCAGACGAAGCGUCAACAGAAAAGAAUGACAUCAUGGCCCUGGAGCCAGCCGUUUCCAUGGAGACAGAGCCGGGUGCCAGCGAGAGCUGAGACUGUGUGGGAGUGAGCACAAAGGAUUGUGGGAUGUAGAUUAUAAACUAAACAAAGCCUGGCUCCCUCGCACUUCCGGUCUCCGACUUCUUCUGAUUUUUUUUUUUUUUCACUCGUUAAUAACUUUAUAUUUCAGUGAAAGCUGUCUGCUGUAUAUAUUGGUACAAUAGGGCAAUAAGUAUGGAAUCACACACUCUUUCUCCCGCCCCCCCCC